AUGCACGAUUCUGGGAGUAUUUCUGGUCAGGAAAAUGAUCUCGACGAAGAUCAUUUCGACGACCUUCAGUCCGAUGAGGAACCCGAGCCAGAGGUGAAGCCUUAUAUGGCUCUUUUACAUAGUUUAUCAGAGUCUUCUAUGCCGAAGGCUAAGAGGCGGAAACUGAGCCAUAGUGACGAGGUGUCUGGAGGUGGUUAUCAUGAGACUGAUGAUUCCGACGAAGCUGAGCCUAAGGAUGUCGACUUGGCAAUUGAAGACGAAAGUGAAAGUGAGGAAGGAACUAAUGAGAUCCCGGAAGCCCCCGUCGACGAUGACGAAGAGGACCCUUCCGAUCCGUUUGACUCACAUUUCUCUAACGCGGACGAGGCGGCCAUAUCUGGGAAGGUCGAGGCUGUACAGCGGAAUCAGUGGAGGCUCAAACGCGCAGUCACUAAUCGGUCCCGAGUGGUGUUUAUGCACCCGGAGGACGGUAACUCUAAAGAGUUUCCGUCAUCUACAUCAAUCGCCGGACCUUCGUCAGUCAAGCUUAAGCAAAGGCUAAAACUUAGCUCUACGAGCGUGAUGCCCAACUUUGAUGAGGUUCAGAUGCAGCUUGCACCAAUGGUUUUCAACUAUCAAGACGUCUUCUACUGCCAACGCACGGUCGAUAACUCUGAAAGCCUUCGGAAACUCGUGUCGCUCCAUGUUCUCAACCACGUUUUCAAGACUCGAGAUCGUGUCUUGAAAAAUAAUGCAAGGCUUGCGAAGGAAGGCGAGGACACAGAGCUGGAGCUGAGAGACCAAGGCUUUACGCGACCAAAAGUUCUAUUCCUUUUACCUACACGUCAAUCCUGUGCCAAGGUAGUUAGUAGCCUCGUGGAACUUUGCCAACCGGAGCAGCAGGAGAACAGAAAGCGCUUCGAAGAGAGCUUCAUCGAGAAGGAUCCUGCAUUUGGAAAGGAUAAGCCCGCCGAUUUCAAGGAACUUUUCGAGGGGAACGACGAUGACAUGUUCCGCCUGGGGUUGAUGUUUACGAGGAAAACACUGAAAUACUUUGCGCCUUUCUACCGAUCAGACAUCAUAUUUGCCAGUCCUCUCGGUCUCAGGAUGGCAAUCGGUUCCGAAGAGGAAAAGGGUAAAAAGAAGAUGGACUUUGACUUUUUAAGUUCCAUCGAGUUGAUCGUCAUGGAUCAAGCGGAUGCUCUGUUGAUGCAAAACUGGGAACAUGUCGAAUUUAUAUUUGAGCAUCUCAAUCUCCAUCCCCGAGAGGCCCACGAUUAUGACAUCGGCCGUGUUCGGAACUGGUAUCUUGAGAACUUGUCCAAACACUUCAGGCAGACCAUCGUCCUGUCAGCAUACAAUACCCCCGAACUCUCAGAGUUGAUGAGGUCGCAUUGCCAGAACUGGGCCGGAAAGCUUAGACUACAGCCCGAGUACUCGGGCGAAAUCCAACGCCUCGGGGUCAAAGUUAAGCAGACCUUCUCUCGAUUUGAUUCGCCAUCGGUUGAUACGGAUCCGGAUGCGAGGUUUUCCUACUUCGUCGCCGCGAUUGUCCCAUAUCUCGUGAAGAGAGCAAAGGACAUUACCGGCGUCUUAAUCUUUAUUCCCUCCUACCUCGACUUUGUCCGCGUUAGAAACUUCUUUGCGACGUCUCCUUCCCUCGCAAACAUUACUUUUGGCACAAUAUCCGAGUAUGCGGAUGUUCCAGAGGCUUCUCGAGCUAGGUCUCACUUCCUCAAUGGCCGGCACAGAGUCCUUCUAUACACUGAGCGAGCGCAUCAUUUCCGACGGAACCAGAUCAAGGGCGUCAAGAGCAUAAUCAUGUAUGCUCUUCCGGACAAUCCAUUGUUUUACCGCGAAAUUGCCGGAGGAUAUCUUGCUAAGAGUGAGCAAGACAUGAGCCUGGAGGCUGGGCAGGGGUCCGUCAGAGUUAUGUUUUCGAAGUAUGAUGCGAUGAAGUUGGAGCGGGUGGUAGGAAGCCAGAGGGUUGGAAAGAUGCUGGCGGAAAGGGGCGAUACCUUUGAUUUCGUGUAA